AUGGACGGGAUGGUGGCCGUGGCAGCCAUCCUCGGUGGUUCCAUGGACGUUUGGGUGCUCCAGGACUACGAUGACGAUGAGAGCUGGGCGCACCGCCACCGGGUAGACUGCUUGCCGCCGCCAUUUCUGCAAACGCGCUGGGUGAUCAACGCCAACGCUGGUCGGCACAAGAAUAACAACAAUGACGUGAUUAUUGUUCUGCAAGACAGCAGCGGCAGUUGGGUGGGGCUAUAUGAUCUUUCAAACAAGAGGCUGCUCAAGCAAAUCCAGGUUAUCAGUGAUCCUCGGGAGGACGGGUAG